GCAGCGUCCCCCGGGUCUCUCCUCAGCUCCCGGGGCGGGGCCCGAGCGGACUGCGCAGGACUUGCCUCAUUUGAUUUGGCCCAACGUAGAAAGCUCUCGCCUUAAGACCGAAGGGGGAGCACCGUUUGGAAGGAAAUUCAGCAGGAAAAGUGAGGUCUUUAACCCACUCCUGGCUUCCGCAGCCUCCAGUGAGCCCUGGACUCCAUCCACGCUUGCUUUUACCCCCUCGGGGCCCAAGAAGACUUUGUCUAAAAGAGAGUCUCCUAUAACUCAGCGCCUGAGGGUCAGGCUGUGGAGAGGGGGUGUACGUGUAGAAGCAUCACAGGAUGUGGAGUCACACGGCCGGGGUGGAGGCCAAGCUUCCUGCCCCUGUGACUUGGGACAAUAUGGAGACAUCUCGAGGGAUGUUCAAGGAACUGCUGAGGACGGAGUAAUUUUUCAGAAAUGCGCAGUGGUGUCCGGGCAGAGCGAAAUGCAGACCGCUCAGGUGAGACUGCUUGUGGUCAACGCCGGGACCCCCGUGGCCACCAACCUCUCAGAUCUGCUCCUGCUUGACAACAUAACUGGCCUCUCCGUCAGGGGGUCGACUGGAAACCGGACCUCGGCAGGAUUCCAGGCUUUCAGAAAGAAGUUUCUGCAAGUUGGAGACUCCUUCUCGGUCAGCUACACAGCCUCCAUCCAGGCCGGAGAAAUUGGGAGCGGAGACGUCCUGAUGCUUCCUGCCUGGCUCACCUUCCAGAGCUCAGCACCGAACAGAACGCAACUAAAAGCCCUUCUCACCAUAACAGCAGAAGAGAAGAUAAAGGUUGUCCCAAACCAUGGCCUUCAUGCAGCAGGAUUCUUCAUAGCCUCCAUCGCCUCCUUCGUGCUGACCUGGGCCACACUUUUCUUCACGGCUCGCUAUCGGUGUUUGAAGGGAAGCCUGAUCACCAGACAUCAGGUUCAGCAUCAUGAGAACAGCUGGAGUACUCCCAGUUCACCUCGGCCAAUGGUAUCCAUUGAGGACCUUGCUCUCAAUGACCAAAUGAUUGACAUUCUGUCUUCAGAGGACCCCGGGAGCAUGCCUCAAGCCUUGGAAGAGUUGGAGAUUGCAACCCUGAAUCGGGCCGACUCAGCCCUGGAGGCUUGUCGAACCCAAAUCAGCAGAGAUAUCAUCGCCCUUCUGCUGAAGAAUCUGACCAGCGCUGGCCACCUCUCCCCCCAAGUAGAGAGGAGGAUGGGCUCCAUUUUCAAAACGCAGUUUCUGUUGCUGGAGAAAGAAAUACAGGAGGAGUAUGAUCGGAAGAUGGUGGCAUUGACAGCUGAAUGUGACCUGGAAACGAGAAAGAAGACAGAGAACCAGUACCAGAGGGAGAUGGCGGCAAUGGAAGAAGCAGAAGAAUUGCUGAAACGUGUCAGUGAGAAGUGGGCUGUGGAGUGCAACGGCCUCCUGCGGACCCUGCACGGCCUGGAGCAGGAACACCUCAGGAGGUCCCUGGCUCUGCAGCGAGAGGAAGACUUCGCCAAGGCGCACAGGCAGCUGGCCAUUUGCCAAAGAAGCGAACUGCACAACAUCUUCUUUACCCAGAUACAAAGUGCCGUUUUCCAAGGGGAACUGAAGCCAGAGGCGGCGAAAACGCUGCUGCAGGAUUACUCCGAAAUACAGGAGAAAUUGGAAGAGUUAAUGGACUUUUUCCAAGCUAGUAAGAGAUACCAUCUAAGUAAAAGAUUUGGCCACAGGGAGUACCUGGUCCAGAACAUGCAGUCGUCAGAGACCCGUGUGCAAGGCCUUCUGAGCGCCGCUGAUGCUCAGCUGACCGUGUUCAUCCAGAAGCAUGAGAGAGCAGGGUACCUGGACGAGGACCAGAUGGAGGCCCUGUUGCAGCGCACCCAGACGGAAGUCUUUUCCAUCAAACAGAAGCUGGACAAUGACUUGAAGCAGGAGAAGAAGAAGCUGCACCAGAAAUUAAUCCUUAAGAGAAGGCGAGAGAUACUGCAAAAGCACAAGGAGCAGCGGAAGGAGCUGCUGUCCGUCGGGGAGGCCCUGCGAGCCGCCGAGGACGCCGGCCAGUUCCUGGGCCGCUGGGGGAGCCUGCUGGCGGAACACAGCGCCGCGCUGGAGGCGCUACAGGAGCGCCUGGACCAGGCCGCCCUGGAGGACCUCAGGGCCCUGACCCUGUCGCUGUCCGAGAAGGCCACCGAGGAGCUGCGGCGGCUGCAGAGCUCGGGGGUGGCCCAGGAGCUGCUCAAGCACGGCGUGCCCUGGCUCUUCCUGCAGCAGAUCCUGGAAGAGCACGGCCGGGAGCUGGCCGCCCGGGCCCGGCAGCUCGAGGCCGAGGAGAGGGACAGGGACCAGGAGGGCGUCCAGAGCGUGAGGCAGAGACUGAAGGACGACGCCCCGGAGGCCUCCACGGAGGAGCAGGCGGAGCUGAGACGCUGGGAGCACCUGAUCUUCGCGAAGCUCUGUUCCUCGGCCUUCUCCCAGUCUGAAGAGGAGCUGCUCAGGAUGAGGCAGGAGGUUCACGGCUGCUUCGCCCAGAUGGACAGGAGCCUGGCCCUCCCCAAAAUCCGGGCCCGCGUCCUGCUGCAGCAGUUUCAGACUGCCUGGCGAGAAGCAGAGUUCCAGAAGUUGGACCAGGCACUGGCUGCCCCUGAGAUGCAGCAACAGUCCAAGGCAAGAAAGCCGCGCUCCAAGAGUAAAAGCAAGACAGACCUUCUGAGGAAGUGCAUCGAAGAUAAAAUUCAGCUCUUUGAGGAGCAAGCCCCCGAAGACCUGGUUGAAAAGGUCCGCGGGGAGCUUCUCCGGGAACACGUGCAGCAUCUGGAGGCCCAGGAGGCACGCUUCGCAGAGUCCCUCGCCUCCCUGCAGUUCCAGAAGGCCGCCAGGAUAGCCAAGACCCUGUGGGCUUACACCGCCCUCCUGAGCGUCCAGGACCUGCUCUUGGAGGAGCUGAGCGAGUCGGAGACCCUGACGAAGCUGGCCUGCGAGCAGAUCCUGGGGUCGCACAGCCCGGAGCUCCAGGAGCUGGGGAGGAAGCUGGAGGGCAGGCUGGCGAACCAGGAGGCCGUGCAGCUGCAGCGGGCACUGGCCAGUCGGCAGCAGUGGGCCGGUGACGGGCCCGGGCUUCUGAACGAGCCCGAGGACACGGAUUCCGAUCGGCAGAUCUCCGCUGUCCUGCAGCAAGCCCUGGGCAAGGGCCGGAAGUUACUGGAACACCAGCAGCAGAGCUGGAGGGAGGAGCGAGACCACAGCGUCGUGCUCGAAGAUUUGCUGGAGAAUAUGGAGUUUGACACCUUCACGACCCUGUACAGCCAGGAGCUGAGACUGGCGUCGUACCUGUCCAGGCUGGCGAUGGUGCCGGGGGGCACGCUGCGCCGGCUCCUGAGUGUGGCUCUGCCCACGGCCUCGCCGGCCGAGCUGCUGGCCGCGCUGGACUCGGGCAGCCAGAAGCAUCCGGACCACUCGGCGGAGAAUGAUGGUGGUGGGGAGCAGGCCGACCUGGGCAGGAAGGGGAAGCACCAGGGCUGGUGGCAAGCCCUGGAAAGCAGACUACGGGGAGAACUGAUAAGCAGAGGAUUGGAAAAGAUGCUCUGGGCCCGCGAGAGGAAGGAGAGCAUAUUGCAGAAGCCAUGUCCCCCUCUCAGAGAGAGGGCGGCAUUGCCUGGAAAAGGAAGCUGGCCACACCUGUCCCUGGAGUCGGUCGGAGAAGUGGCCGCUGUGCCCAUCGUAGGGGCAGAAGCCAUCGAUUUGUUGAACACAGGCGAGAAGCUCUUCAUAUUCAGAAAUCCAAAGGAGCCAGAGAUCUCGCUACAUUUUCCUCCCAGGAGAAAGAAGAAGAACUUUCUGAAUGCCAAGAAGGCCACUUGGGCCUUGGGCCUGGACUAAUCCAAAGGGAGCUCUCUGGAGUCUGAAGACAGAUUUUUUUUCUCCUGCGCACCUGUGUGUGUGUGUGUGUGUGUGUGUGUGUGUGUGUACAUGCCCACGUCCACACACAUUUGUAGCAUACGACUCAUAGAUAGAAACUGCAUAUGCAUAAGACACCAACACCCCCAACAUCCAUGACUUUCAAGGACUCAGUUCAAGCUGGUCUCCCGAAUUUCCAGAAGGUUCUCUGUCCUUAGCAUCACAAGGGACGUGACGAGACACAGGACCAGCCUUGAGCACUGUGGCACUACCCCUCUGAGGGUGUGGAGGAGACCCCAGCCCCCAGGUUGUACCCCGGCACCGCCUGGCCGCUUAUGGGCUGUGUGUCCAAGGGGGCUCUCUGUGCUUGCAUUUUGUAUUUGUUACAUAUUCUGUUUUUAUCAAGGGAACAUUCGAAAAUACAUUACACAGAACUCUCUCGAAAAUAAAUUACACAACGCUCUUCUCGGUGGAACUUGGUUUUGCUCCGUGUAGGAACCAUUUAUUUUAAUUACCUCUUGGGUCUUGGCUGGACGUCGUGAACAGCAGAGAUUUGCCCUCUAUCGUGCCAGCGGCCGGAAAACAUGCCAGCCCUGGGGUAGACGAUCUCCAACUCGAAUCAGUUAUUUCCAUCUUUUGCAAAUGAGGAAAUCCAGAGGCUGAAGAGGGCGAGGUGACGUGUGCAGGCUCACAAAGUCAGUAAGUAACAGAAUCGGGGUUCCUACGCUUUAUGGCCCCAAAUCCUCGCCCUUGCCCCGCACUCGCUCAGUGGGCACACUGCCCACGGGUCCUGGUGUUUCACAGAAGUUUUGAUCUGCUCUCACCCCUCCUACCGUCACACGUGGUCAAGCCGAUGAUGUCUGGUUGCAGUGGGACUGGCUCACCCCAUGAGCUUUCCCGAGGGUAGGAAGUGAUUGAGAAGGGGAUCCUGUCACCAGCAAGGGGAGGACAAGGGCUCCUGAUGAAGCAUUUGCUAUGUGAGCAUCGCUUUUGCUUCCAGCUACCUCAGCCCACUUCUAGUCCUCACUAGCGCCCCACCAAGGUGGCCAUCACUACUCCCCGGUCACAACAAAGGAAGCUGAGACUCAGAGAGUUUAAUCACACCACUACAGGGGAAGGGUCUAGUUUGACAACCAGAUCUCCCAACGUCCAAACCCUUAUCUGCCACGAGACAUUUUGUGGGUUGGCGACCAGAAAGCCAAGUCUUUGCACUUUCCCACCGGCAGGCAUGUCACGUGGUGAACUUUUGCUGGGGGUCGUACCUCCAUCACGAGCCAUCACGUGGCCAUGUCGCUGCAUUCGUGAAGAUGCCCGAGCAAGCAGUUCAGAUGUAGGAGAGGAGAGUUGAUGGGGCCAGCUUUCCCAUCAGAAGGCCCGGUGAGCAGAGAAAGGACAGAGAACAGUGAUUUUCGCGCAGAGGGUAGUGGAGUGGAAAACGCAUGGUCUUCGGUGUAAGAUGGCUGGAGUCCAUCCUGCCCUGCCACUUGGGAGCUGUGUGUCCCUGGGUAAGUCACCUGACCUUUCAGAGCCGUAUGUUCCACACCAACAAAAUGGUGACGCAAAUCCCUUUGAGGAUUAGAUGAACCAGAUCCAUAAAGCGCUUGAUUGUGGCGUGGGCCUGCCACGCAAGUGUCCUCCUCUACCCCUUGAAAGUGACCCAUCUGACUUUCUAAUAGUUUCCGGCAUCUGUAGUACUCUCCCAGGUGUAUGCAUGGUUGAAAGUAGAUUGCACACGAGGAUCUCAAACAGAGCUCAAAAUUAUGGGCUGAAGGUUGAUUGAAGAGGCUAUCGGCAACAACGGGAUGAGCCCAAGCUGUUUAAAAUAAAGCAUUUCCACCUAAUAAUAACUCCCUGUUGUAACCGACAGAGAAAGACUAAUUACUUGAUGUACUUUCUCUAAACCUACUGCAUGACAAACAUGAAGACAGGCUAGGGGAAGCCUGUGCUUCUGUGAUCAGGUAAAUCAGAUUCAAACCCUGGCCGGGCAACUUCUGAGCAAGUCACUUUACCGCUCUGAAGCUCAGCCUCUUCAUCUGUAAAGCAGGGGUCCUAAUACCUACCUUAGAGUAAAGAUGCCGUAAAGAGUGCGCAUAGUGGCUCUUAGGUCUAUCGCAUCCAAUACCCUGUUGGCAUACGAUACAUGUAGGUUAUUUGUUUUAUUAUAUUUUUACCUGCUCACAAAAUUGAGCUUUG